AUGGGGAAGGCCAAACUGAAGAAAGCUUUGCCUCAGGCGGAAUUCGAGGAAAAUAAAUUUUCCGAGUGGGUUGACACAAACGAGCUGUCGUUCGCUACCAUAGGGGAACUGUCCGCCACACAUGGAUGCUGUGCAGCUGCUCUGCCCGACAGGUAUGGGUCAGAUCUUGUGAAAAUCCGUGAUGUCUACAAAAACAAUGACCUUGGUCAAGCUGCUCAAGACAAGGGGAUUGCCAACUAUUGGAUAGGUUUGACGAGACAGCCAGGAGCCAGCAACAGUGCACCAAGUGUGUGGAGUGAUGGGGAAAGUGUCGCUGUUUUCGAGGGGUUUUGGAUGAACUCCCAGCCCAAGUUGGACAGUGGGGAGUGUGUGUACACUGCAGGAGUUGACUCAUUCUUCAAGUGGUCCUUCGGGACAUGUGAGUGGAAGAGAGCCUUCAUAUGCGAGCUCCAGGCUUGUCCUCAAGGUUCGUUCCGCUGCUCCAGUGGCCAGUGUAUCAACAGUGUGUAUAAGUGUGACGGAUACGAUGACUGUGAAGAUGGAUCAGAUGAACUAGACUGUCCUGGGAGAUGCCACUAUCACCUGAAGGCCCCGACAGGGAGCUUCCAGUCCCCUAACUACCCUGCACCUUACAAUGGACUCCAGCAGUGUUCCUGGCUCAUUGAAACCUCUGUGGGAUCCUAUGUGCAAAUACAGUUUCAAGCUUUUUCAACUGAAACUGACAAAGAUGAAGUGCUGGUCCUUGGAGGCGGAUCCACCCUGGCCACUUCAUCCCUGCUAGCUCGCUUGUCGGGGAGUCCUAGUGUCACACAGUUCCUCAGCCACAACAACUUCCUGCUCUUCAUCUUCUCCAGUAGUGCAGAUGUACACCAAGCUGGCUUCUCCGCAUCCUGGAACACAGUGACUAUCAACAUCCCAAAUGAAAACCUGGAUGCAUCAGUCAUACGACAAGACCUCAUGUCCUUUGAAUAUCCAUCUCUGUACCUGCCCAACCAGGAGACCUUGUGGAUACUCACAGCUCCCACACCCAGACAGAUCAUCAUGUUGCAGACGAAGGACCUUGAUCUUGCACCAGGAGAUUCUUUGUUAAUUCGUGGUGGAAGUACAGCUGACGACCCUCUCCUGAAACGCUUGUCCUUGACCAGUGCUGUUGGGGAGUACAUCGUGUCCACUACCAGCUCCCUGUACAUCCUAUUCCUCACAGGGACUGCAGGCACCAGCUUCACCAGGGGCUUCUCCAUCACUUACAGGAUGGGCUGUGACCUGGUGUAUGAUGAUGCCAGCCAGGGAUACAUAUCCUCACCAGGGUACGGCGUCGUCAGCUACCCCAACUUCAUAACAUGCAAAUGGAGCAUAUCUCAUACCCGAACAGCACCAAUUACUUUGGUCUUUGAGCCAGACUUUGAUGUUGAGGAUCUCGUUGAUUAUGUACAGUGGUACCACAGUCCCAACGCCGAAGUCAGCUCCUGGAGGAAAUCUCUUUCUUCAAUUCAAAACCAGUUCCAUCACAAACAGAAGAGGUUUUGCAGCACGGUAUUCAGUUGUAAGAAACCUGCGUUUAAUAGUAACACUCAGGAAUUAGACAGUGUGUCUGGAUACUACUUCGGUGAGUCUUUCCGAGUGGCGUGCGACGCAGGCUACUCUUUCAACUCGGACGACUUCUACGAGACACUGCCGGACGGGACACGUGCUAGUAUGGAGUUUGUCCAGCUGGAAUGUCUGUAUGGUGGAAAGUGGAAUGUGCCAAGAAUUCCCCAGUGUAUAAUCAAGGUGUGUGGAUCACCUCCCCAGAUACAGAGUGGCUAUGUGUCCACCUUGACCGGCGUGAAGUAUGGCGACACGGCCCAGUAUGCCUGUAUGAGGAACUACAGGUUUGACGGAGACCCUGUCAUCACCUGCAGCUCCAACGGAACAUGGGGACCAGCUCCAUCUUGUCAAGCAUUCCAGUGUGAAACGAUCACAAGCCCUCUCAAUGGUAACUUCACGACGACGGAGGGUACCUACCCUGAAGCAGGUACCGUGAUACGCUUCCAGUGUGACGAGGGCUACGAAGUGCGUGGACAGCCGAUCCUGUUGUGUAAUGAGACAGGCCAGUGGAAUGGUUUGGUGCCAGAAUGUCAGAAUCUGAGUUGUUAUGUCCCGGCCAUAGAGAACAGCCUAGAUGCCAACACCAGCCAGUUCUUGUCAGUUGGUGAAUUGUUGGUAGUCUCAUGCAGCCCUGGUUUUAAGGUGGUUGGGACCCCUGGCGUGGCGUGUCCCCCCAGUAGGGUGAUGGGGCCUCUCCCUAACUGUACAGAUGUGGAUGAGUGUACAGAGGGUGUGAGUCCAUGCAGCCCACAACAGGAGUGUGUGAACAAUGAGGGAUCCUACACCUGUCAGUGUCCUCCUGGGUUUGACGGAGCUACCUGUGCAGAUGAUAUCAAUGAGUGUACAAAUGGCCAGUGCAGUAACCCUACUCAAUGUCUGGACAAGCCAGGAUCCUACAUCUGCUGUGGGAGUGGAUACCGCCUAGACGGAGAGUCAUGUGUAGUGUUUGUCCAGUGUGGGGAGAGUGGAGAGUUCUGUGACACUGUCAACGGCGGCUGUGACAACACAUCAGUGGGGUACUCCUGCAGAUGUAACCCGGGGUAUACACUGUAUGCGGAGAAUGGCACCAUGGGGUACUACAUUCCUGCUGCUGAAACUGGGCUGCAGGUUAAUGACACACUUCAUCUUAACCACACCUGUGUCCGAAACAAGUGCCCCUCCCCUCCUACAGAAGGGUUCAGGGUGAUACAGAACCCCCAGGAUGUGUAUUACGAGGGGGAGAGCGUGACAUAUGACUGCUACCCUGGGUACAGCCUCCAGGGCGUGGCAGCUGUGAUGUGCACUGGGGGCGACUGGACCACUGCCUUCCCUACAUGCAACAGAAUAACUUGCCCCUUUGAUGAUGUUGCUGGGUUUGCCAACCCAGUUCAGUUUGACAACACCUCACCGAUAGCCUCUGGGGAAACUCUGAACAUGACCUGUGUGGUGUACAGCACUGUAACCCAGCGGCAGCGUGUGUGUGUGUAUGAUCAUGACACGGGCAACUACAGUCUACAAGGAGACAGCUACGGCUGUGAUGUGAUAACAUGCCCUGCACCCCAACUAGCUCCAUCAGGGGUCCUCCAGGAUGUGGGGACUUUCUUCAAUGUGACCUGUCAGCCUUACUACAUAUACCACUGGGCGGGGAUGUCUGCCAGCAACGACACCACCGUGACCUGCGGGGAGGACGGCAUGUGGGGCUACGGAGACCUGCACUGUGUGGCAAUGACCUGCAACCAUCCCACCCUGCCUGUGGGGGUCAGCAUCGACAGCAUCGGCAACUACACCUAUGACUCCGAUGUCAGCUUCAGAUGUGACUGGCCUGGCUACCAGAUCAAUGGUUCAUCCUUUGCCAAAUGUGUGCAGUCGGAGUUUGGAGGAUCUCUCAACUGGAACGAGUCUGUGCCAACUUGCAUAGAUGAGGAGGCCCCCUCCUUCCCCUCCUGCCCUGUGGGAGGUGUGGUGAACGUGACUCUGUACCAGACAGACAUAUUCCCUGUCCCGGAGGCAGUGGACAACUCGGGUGCUGUGGCAUCUGUGACAGUGUCGCCCCCCUACUUCCAUCCCUCCUGGGCUGUCACCAGCGACGUGACUGUCACCUACACCGCCACUGACCACAGCGGCAACAGCGCCGUCUGUGAGAUCUCUGUCAGGAUCAAAGAUGAAGAGCCUCCAUCUAUCAGGUGUCUCGGGUCCAGAUAUGAGGCAGUGGAUGUCAACAGAACUGUCACCUUUGGUGACUCGGAUGCCAACGCGACUGACAACAGCGGCAACUUUCAAGUCACCUUUGACCCACAGGCAAUCCACAUCUCCCUUAACAACGUGGGUGAAAGUGUAGUUGUCAAGGCAACAGCCACAGACGAGGAGGGCAACGCACAGAGCUGUUCUUUUCAAGUUGUUAUUGUUGCCAAGACCUGUCACCCGGAAUACCUGUCCACACCUGUGAAUGGCCACAAGGAAUGUAUAGACACAGGGGGAGGCUACCAGUGCAACUUUACCUGUGACCCAGGCUUCUACUUCUAUGAGGAUUAUCCUGACAGUACAUACGUGACAGAGUGCCUCACUAAUGGGGACUGGAACACAACAUACGUUCCUGCUUGUGGAGCUCCGGGGCUGAUAGACUGGGAGCUGCAACUGGCGAUCACCUUCAAGGCUGACCCCCCGGCACCCAUUUCUAUUGAAUGUCAAACAACCUAUGUUCAGGAUUCCAUCACCAAGCUGCAGGAACUAUUUCUAGUGUUAACACAUCAAUGCAAUAUGUCAGAGUUGAGUCCGGAGUAUAUCAACCAUACAUACGCUGGACAUGACUACAUGGUCGACACUCAACAGCUGACGUUUGAUAUUACCUUGAAACUUCUCCCAAAUCGGGCCCUCAAGUCUGACUACAACACAUGUGCUGAAGUUAUCAUCGACCAGUUUCCUGUGUUGGCGCCACAACGUUUUAUAGUGCCAGCAAGUGCGUCAUCUCCCUGUGCUCUGAUAGUACCAAGCACUGAGCCCAGCAUCAGUGUUAUAACCUGUGAAGGGAAGGGGGAGAUGAGAGAGACCAAUGGGGAAACAAUCUGCAAUGUGUGUCCCCCCGGAACCUCGUACAACUCCACGGGUCAUUGCCAGCUGUGUCAGCCAGGGUCCUACCAGAAUGUGUCUGGACAAAGCACAUGUACGCCUUGCCCGCUAGAAACCUGGACGGAUGGCACUGGGAAAACAUCGGAAUCGGACUGUAUCAGAGUAUGCCCUGGUGAGCUUGUAUCGGACACCGGACUCCCACCUUGCCGUGAGUGUCCGCCAAACACCUACAAGAACAGCAGCACUCACUGUACCUCAUGUGCUGAUGACACCAUCUUUGUUGGGCUGGAUAAUCCAUUGCUGGGUGACUGUAAAGAGUCGGCUUGUACAUUUGUUCGUCGGAGAAACCAACAAAUGAUUGGCGGCACAGACAUCAUGACUGCCGCUGUCGGAACAAAGGAGUGCGAAGAUUCUUGUAACGUGUUCCGGAGACGCUUUGAGCAGCGGCAGUGUGUUGGCUUUAACUUCUUUAAGAGCAUUGGCAUUUGUUUUCUGUAUGAUGCUAUUCGCUCCUAUCAGGGGACCAGCAUGUAUGACUUCCAUGAGAGAGUCUGUCCUCAAGUGACCAAAUCAGACUGCUACUGUGCAGACAAGUGUGACCCGGGGACAUUCUCGUACAGCGGUCAUAAACCCAACUGCCGACCUUGUCCCGUAGGCUACUUCACCAACACCACUGGCGCCACUGUGUGCCAGGAAUGCCCUGCGGAGGAGACAACGGCAACCAAUGGGUCUACAUCAUGUGUUCCAGUGGCGGAUGUGUUGUGUAACCCCGGGCCAUGUGUUAAUUCAACAUGUGUUAUCAUAGGACAUUCAGAAGAAUGCAACUGUUCUGCAGAGUUGACUGGUCGGUACUGUGAGUCGCCGCUGGAUACGUGUGCUUCAGGCCCCUGCUACAAUGGUGGCACCUGUCAGGCUGUUGGCGCUGGCUUCUCCUGCACAUGUGCACUGGGUUUUGAAGGUUCCCAGUGUGAGACUAACAUAGAGGACUGUGUGCCACAGACGUGUGGUGAAGCUGGAGUUUGUAUUGAUGGGGUCAAUUCCACGAUGUGUCUCUGCGUGGAAGGAUACAGCGGAACAAACUGCCAGACGGUGGAUGUGAAGGCGUGUGAGAGGAACCCAUGUCAGAAUGGGGGCACCUGUCAGCCCCUCAAUGACUACUGGAGAAUGUGCACAUGCCCACCUACCUUCACAGGGGACAACUGUGGGAUGGCCAUUGUUCCAGCCUACUGCGACUCGUCACCCUGCUUGAAUGGAGGAACCUGCACCAACAACGCGCUCAACUUCACGUGUGAGUGUCGUGAUGGCUUUACUGGCGACAUGUGCGAGGUCCGCAACCAGACAUGUGCUGCCAAGGAUUGUGGGAUGUCUGUGGGCUGUAUCGAUGAUCCAGUGUCUGGCUUGUCACACUGUCUGUGUGGCACCAGCUAUGUCAAGGUCGAAGAAAAGUGUACAGCUAUUGACUACUGUCAGAGUGGGCCGUGUGUGAACGGUGGUACCUGCGAGAGCACAGAGGGAGGCUACACCUGCCACUGUCCCCCCAAGUACAUUGGCUCUCUGUGUCAGCACCUGGUCACCUACUGCGAUGCUGAGCCAUGUCUCAACAACGCCACCUGUUGGGAGGGAGAUGGACGCUUCGUAUGUGACUGUGCGGCCGGCUAUCAGGGUGAUACCUGUGCUGAAAACAUGGAUGAGUGUGUGUUUUGUGACCCAACUGGCAUGAAUAGUUGUGUUGAUGGAAUCAACAGCUACACCUGUUUCUGUAAGCCGGGAUACACAGAUGCAAACUGCUCGAUGAACAUUGAUGACUGUGUCAGUGCCCCAUGUCAGCAGUCUGGGACGUGCAUAGACGGCAUCAACGACUAUACAUGUAUCUGCCCAAGAGGAUGGACAGGCAAGGACUGUGAGAUGCUCGUUGACCAGUGCGCAAUGAACAACACCUGUGAUAAUGCAGCGCCUUGCAGCAGCCUCUUCAAUGACAUCUACUGCAGGUGUUCAGAUCUUACUCAUGGUGAUCGAUGUGAAACUGUCCUUGACCUGUGUCGGGAUGCCAACCCCUGCCUUGACGCUGCGGCCUGUGUUGAGAACGGCACAGCAGCCUCCUGUCAGUGUCCAGCAGAAACCUCUGGCACAUCGUGUAACAAGCUGAUCAUCCCUCAGUGUGACGCAAGUCUCUGUGAGAAUGGGGGCACCUGUUCUCGGUCAGAUGCAGGCACAAUCUCGUGUUCCUGUGUUCAAGGGUAUGAGGGCAGUCGGUGUGAGACCAACACCAAUGACUGUGCAGCUAACCCCUGUGUGUCCCCUGCAACCUGCCUGGAUGGUGUGAACCAAUACUUCUGUCGCUGUCCGGUGGGGAAACUGCCUCCUACAUGUAACACAGUGUCCCCUGCAACCUGCCUGGAUGGUGUGAACCAAUACUUCUGUCGCUGUCCGGUGGGGAAACUGCCUCCUACAUGUAACACAGACACAGACAUAAACUACGACAUGUGUUUCAAUCCGUCCGUGACACACAGAAGUGCUGCUCUCCCGUACUCCAUCCCCAUCACCUACGACAACAACGGAGGCUUCAGCAUCACGCUGUGGGUCAAGUACUCCAAAGUUGGUGGCCUUGGAACAUUCUUCAGUCUUUAUGAGGACAUAUCUGGAGGCGGAAUGACGUCCACAAGACCCUUGUUCUACAUCAGUGAAGUUGGAGUCUACAGUUACCUUGGCAACACCCAGAUGCUCCUGCCCUUCUUAGACAUCAUCUCUGUCAACGAUGGUACCUGGCACAUGGUCAUCGUCACCUGGGACAACACCCGGGGUGAGCUCAGCCUCAUCAUGGACAGCAUCAGACACCGUCGCCAGGCAGACUACGCUGCAGGACAACCCCUUCCACCAAGACUGUGGAUCUCUGUGGGUGCCCACCCGGCCCCGCCCUCUGCCACUGCCCCUGUAAACUCCUCCGAGCCCUUCCACGGCUGUGUGUCACAAGUCAACCUGUACAGUCGACAUCUGGACUUUGCAUCUGAAGCAGCAGGGCUGGACGGUCGACCAAUGGCAGCACUUUCACCGGGGUUAGUGAUGAGGUGGACGGAGCUUGACACGCGUGGAUCUACCCUCAUAGCCCGACCCUCCACGGCAAAGCUGUGUCCGAGUGGCGAUGCAUCAUGUCGGACUCCAAUCAGAGAUUCUUCUCCUGUGAAGAUGGUAUUUUGUCCUGAGAACCAGUUUGUGCCUGCCCCAUCUGGAACUGUGCAGGUUUACUGGGAGGACCCUCGAUUCAGUGGAGCCCAGUCAUACAUGUCCAACUACAGACCAGGUGUUGCACUUUCAACUGGGUCCCACAUGGUGGUGUGUGAAGCUCGAGACGCAGCGGGGAACGUGGCCCUGUGUUCCUUCAUGGUGUUUGUGAACAGUGAGUCGUGUCCGGCUCAGGCCAGUCCUCGGGGCGGGGGAGACAAUGUGUGUGAAGCCAGUAAUGGAACAUGGCCAUUCACAGCAUGCACCCCCUCCUGCCCCGCCCCCACCCACGGACUGGUGCAGGCCGUGCCCAACUACUACACCUGUGGCCCUGGGGGUAGCUGGACCUCUCUAGCUGACACCGAUGGACUCUACCCCCCAUGUGGAGAGCUGACAGGCCAUGCCCAGCAGGUGGUGACGAUGAAUCUGCAGUACCGCAUCACAGUCAGCUCCUGCAGCUCUGUCCAGCUUGUCCUGGAGUCCAAGGUGCUGGACAGUGUGAAGGAGCUGGACACCACGUGGAACAACGCCUUCUGUGAGGACUCUGGAUGCACCUCCAUCACCAGCAACAUCACAUGCGCACUCCCAUCUUACAAUGUUCAGAUCAAAUUUCCCAAUGUCAGUGCUGUGCUGAACACUUCGGCUGAAUCUCUGUCCCCGAAAGAGAUCCUUACGAGAACAGUGCUGGACAAUGGCAAGUUUGACUAUGCUGUCUCCCUGCCCGGGGCAGAGCCGGAGCCCAGUGCUUUCAGAGUUGAUGUGGUACUACUCUGCGAGUCAGGCCAAGUUGAAGUUGAUGAAUUUUGCUAUACGUGUGGACCAGGCACCUAUCACAGUGCACCAAUCAACAGGUGCGUCAACUGUCCCAUGGGGGAAUACCAACCACUAUUUGGACAGGUCACAUGUCAGUCAUGUGGUCCGGGGCAGACAACUCCGUCUGUUGGCACCACAGAUUCAGCAGAUUGCAUCACUAACUGCACUGUUGGGGAAUUCUACAACAUCACCAGUGGGAACUGUGAGCCGUGCCCUAUAGGAACCUACCAGAACAUCACUGGCGCCUUGUCCUGCAGACUUUGCCCUCUUGGUCAAGUUACAUUGAACACAGGCACCACAUCACAUUCAGAGUGUGUAGAUGGAUGUAAGUCAGGGGAGCAGUUGUCGGUGAGUGGGGAGUGUGUUGAGUGCCCGGUCGGAACCUACAGGGAGAACUCUGUCAACCAGGUCUGUCUCAACUGUGACCCCGGGCUCAUCACACCAACUACCGCUGCCAACUCAUCGACUGAGUGUACAAUAGUGGCCUGCCCAGUUGGUGAGUUCAGGAAUGCCAGUGAGAACGUGUGUCAGCCGUGUCCACAAAAUACCUACCAAGAUCAGAAGUGGCAGGAUAACUGCACCUCCUGCAACGACCGACACCGCACUGACGGCAUUCGCUCCACUGCUGCCACGGACUGCAAAUUUUUCUGUGAAUCUGGGUUUGAGCCAGUGGACAACACAGGAUGCAAGGAGUGCCCCAUCGGCACGUACAAGGACUUCACCGUCGACCCCUAUGGCAGCUGUCUGCCCUGUAGCGGCAACUUAAUUACUCCCUCUAAUGCUACAACUUCAGUGGAUGGGUGUUCUGUAGUGAACUGCCCGCCUGGAUCCUUCCAGUCCAACACCUCAUCCACGCUGUGUGACCUCUGUCCUGAGGGGUCCUACCAGCCCCUGGCCGCACAGCCAGACUGUCUGCCAUGUGCCGACAACGAGACCACGGUGUUGAUGGGCAGUAAGCUGCAGACCGAAUGCACAGUGUACUGCCCCUCUGGCCAGGAGGUGGUGGGUGGGGAGUGUCAGCCAUGUGUGCAAGGCUUCUACAAGAACAACUCCCAGGGCCUGCUGUCUGUGUGUGUGGCGUGCCCAGAAGGAUACAUCACUCCUGGUGCUGGAGCAGAGUCAGUUGGGGAAUGCACUGUAGGGAAUUGUUCAGCAGGUACGCGGUUUAUGCCGGGACCUCCUCCUACAUGUGAGCUGUGUCCUGAAGGGGAGUACCAGCCUCAGCCAUACCAGACCACAUGUCUAAUGUGUGAUGCUAACACAACCACAACCAGCAAUGGAUCUACAGCAGACACACAGUGUCUCAAGUUCUGCCCCUCAGGACAGGAGCUUGCUGACUCCUGGAACUGCUCCUUGUGUGACCUUGGGACAUACAAGGACAACAAUGACGGGGUGUUCCUUCCAUGUCAGACCUGCCCUGUGGAGCUGACGACACCCGCCAUAGGCGCCACCUCUGUUUCCGACUGUUCUCUCAACAACUGCACUGCUGGUUUCUAUGUGGCAACUGGAACCAAUACAUGCAUGGAGUGCCUUGUGGGUGAAUACCAGCCCUACCCUGCCCAGGUGGCAUGUCUGCAGUGUCCUGACAACACGUCUACUACUAGCCAAGCAACUACUUCCAAGGCUGAAUGUCGGUUGAGCUGCAGUGAAGGUAUGGAGGAUCGCAAUGAUAUGUGUGUGCCGUGUAUGAUUGGCUUCUACAAGAAUGUCACCAGUGUGGGUCAGUGUGAGGCGUGCCCGGCAGGGUUGAGGACAGGCAGCGAGGGCGCCACGUCCGAGGCGGACUGUAAUGUGGUGGGCUGUGAGCCUGGCUCGUAUUUGGAUGCUGGUCAGUGUACACUCUGUGUGGAAGGCAGUUAUCAGCCCCAGAAGUGGCAGGACUCCUGUUUGCCCUGCACCCCGGGACUUAUCACCCUCACCCCCGGGGCUGUCACAGAGGACCAGUGUGUGUUGGAUUGCGUGUCGGGGAAGGCGUACGACGCGGUGAGCACCCAGUGCGAGGACUGUCCCCGGGGGUACUACCGCAACCAGACCGAGAUGAAGCCCCAGUGUCGCCUGUGUCCUCCCGACACCAUCACAGAGAGGACAGGGGCUGUAUCAGCUGAUGACUGUACUAUGGCUAACUGCACAGCCCCCGGCCAGUACGUGGACACGUCCAGCAACACCUGUGCCGACUGCCCAAAAGGAACGUACCAGGACCAGAAGUGGCAGGUUGCAUGUAAGACCUGCGCCCCAGGAUUCACGACCAGAACUACGGGGACGGGCUCUGUCCUCCAGUGCUAUCGUGACUGUCCCUCUGGGUCGGAGGUCGUUGAGUCAACCAAUGCCUGUCAGGUGUGUGCGCAGAGUCAGUACCGAGCUAAGGGACAGAGCUGGACCUGUCAGUACUGUGACAUCAGCUUCACCACUGCGGGCAGUGGGUCCACGUCCGUCACUGACUGCAGCAUUCCCCUGUGCAGUGCAGGCACUUCCUACGAUACAGACCUCAAGAUGUGUGUGGCAUGUGCCAAGGGAAGCUAUCAGUCGCAGAUAAACCAGCAGAGUUGUGUCCCUUGUCCCAACCAACAGACCACUCGAAACACUGGCUCCCUCACAAGCACUGACUGUUUAUCCCUGUGUAUUCUGAACGAGCACAACUGUACAGCGCCAUCUGAGUGUGCGGACGCCCCGGCAGGCUUCACUUGUAGAUGCUCUCGCGGCUACGCCGGACUCCCCAACAACUGUACACAUGUGUGUGACCUGCCUUCAUACUGCAGUAACCAGGGAGUUUGUCAGCGAGACAAGUUCCCCUCCUGCCUCUGCCCCGACCUAUACGAUGGGGAGAAGUGUGAAAUCAGACUAGCACCUGCAUCUGAUAACAAAGAUGCAAUCAUCGGUGCAGUCAUUGGCGCUUGUGUAAUUCUACUGUUUGUUGGGCUGAUUCUAGUGGGCAUUUAUGCCUGUCGUAGAAGACCCCCGCCAUCUGAGUCUAAUGAACAACUGGACGAAGACAGUACGAGCAUGACUCCAUCCAGCUUUGUAGGUACCCGUGCUAACACAGCCAGGUAUGGCCCCUUCAUGGUAGCACUGGCCCCAGCGGAACAUGGCGGGGCGUACGACCCCUCCUUCUACCGAAAGCAGAGCGACGUGGACAGGGGCUAUAUUCACUACGAGAAUGCCAGUAUUAAACUUGCGUAGACAGACUGUGAUGGAAGUUGGAGCAUGAGCAGUUGUUUCAUCAGACUUUGUGGAACUAUGCAAGACUGUUGUCGACUACCUUUGUCAGAUUGCUGACAUGACAUGGCCAUCUUGAGGCUUGAACACCGUCUGUGUAAGCUCAUCUAGAUCAUACUAGUGUCUUACCUGCUGGACCAAAGCAUGACUGUGAUUGUUCAUAAUAGGCUUUCAUACUCACUGACAGCCAGAAAGCAACAUGACCGCUGACACAAAUCCAUGAUCUCUCUGCUAUAUGAGCUCUGUUUCGAGCGUAUGCCAUGUUCUUGACACAUGAAGUCUUUUGAGCAAGUAUGUCCUACAGAUGGAUUGUGUUGGGCAGGGAGGUGAUACAGUGGAAUAUACCAGUGAGAGACUAAAUAGUGGGAUAUUACCCUAAGACUGAUCCAGAUCAUUAUGGUGAUAAACAUUACCGUAUUCAACAUAAUAAGCGCCCAGGGUGCUCUCAAAAUUAGAAGUAGGGGGCUCUUAUUAGAAUAUUAUUUUGGCGAAAGAUAAGAGUUGAAA